GGGACAAUUAGUAAGAUUAUCAUCAUAUUAUAUUUAUCAUCAUAUUAUCAUAAAUGGUCUUUCCUUAAAUACAUAUUUAUAUACAUACAUACAAAUAUAUAUUUAUGUAAUGUAUGAUUGUAAUGUUGUUAUAAACUUAAAAUAUAUUAAGAAGCGAAAUUAUAAAUAUUCUAAAUAUUCUUUAUUUCUUUAUUUAAAUCUUAGAAUUAUAUUUUAUUCAUUUUUUUUUUAUUAUUAUUAUUAUUAUCAUCUUAUCAUCAUCAUCAUCAUUAUUAUUAUUAAUUAUUAUUUUAUAAUUAAAUUUCUUUUU